AUGGAGAACGACAAGGGCGAGAUCGUCGACCUCUACGUCCCCCGCAAGUGCAGCGCCACCAACCGCAUCAUCAAGGCCAAGGACCACGCCUCCGUUCAGAUCUCCAUUGCCAAGGUCGACGAGAACGGCCGUGCCGUCCAGGGCGAGAACCACGUCUACGCCCUCUGCGGCUUCGUCCGCGCCAUGGGCGAGAGCGACGACUCCCUGAACCGAUUGACCCAGCGCGACGGCAUUGUCAAGAGCGUCUGGAGCGCACAGCGAUAA